AUGGCCUCGGAGCGGGAAGUGCGCGCCGGGCUGCGGCGCGCCGGCCAGGAGCACCUCCUGCGCUUCUGGGCCGAGCUGGCGCCCGGGGCGCGCGCAGCGCUUCUGGCCGAGCUGGCGCCGCUGGAGCCCGAGGCGCUGCGAGAGCACUGCCGGCAAGCGGCGGCGGCCUGCGCGCUCCCCGCCGGGCGGCCGUCCGACCUGGCGGCGAGCCUGCGGCCUCUGCCCCCCGAGCGCGUGGGUAGCGUGAGCCGCAGCGACCCAGAGACGCGACGGCGCUGGGAGGAGGAAGGCUUCCGCCAGAUUGCCCUGAACAAGGUGGCCGUCCUGCUGCUGGCCGGCGGGCAGGGUACUCGCCUGGGUGUGGCCUACCCCAAGGGCAUGUAUCGUGUGGGGCUGCCCAGCGGGAAGACGCUGUACCAGCUGCAGGCGGAACGGAUUCGGCGGGUGGAGCAGCUGGCUGGUGAGCGCCGCGGGACCCGCUGCACCGUGCCCUGGUACAUCAUGACCAGUGAGUUUACGCUGGGGCCCACUGCUGAGUUCUUCAAGGAGCACGACUUCUUCCACCUGGACCCUGCCAACGUGAUCAUGUUUGAGCAGCGAAUGCUGCCUGCCGUGACCUUUGAUGGCAAGGCCAUCCUGGAGCGGAAAGACAAAGUUGCCAUGGCCCCAGACGGUAACGGCGGCCUGUACUGCGCGCUGGCGGACCACCACAUCCUGGAGGACAUGGAGCGCCGGGGCGUGGAGUUCGUGCACGUGUACUGCGUGGACAACAUCCUGGUGCGGCUGGCGGACCCAGCCUUCAUAGGCUUCUGUGUGCUACGCGGGGCGGACUGUGGCGCCAAGGUGGUGGAAAAGGCAUACCCCGAGGAACCUGUGGGCGUGGUGUGCCAGGUGGACGGCGUUCCCCAGGUGGUGGAGUACAGCGAGAUCAGCCCGGAGACCGCGCGGCUGCGAGCCUCCGAUGGGGGCCUGCUCUACAACGCAGGCAACAUCUGCAACCACUUCUUCACCCGAGGCUUCCUCCAGAUGGUCACCAGGGAGUGUGAGCCCUUGCUGAAGCCACAUGUGGCUGUGAAGAAAGUUCCGUACGUGGAUGAGGAGGGAAAUCUGGUAAAGCCGCUAAAACCGAACGGGAUAAAGAUGGAGAAAUUUGUGUUCGAUGUGUUCCAGUUUGCUAAAAACUUUGUUGCCUUUGAAGUGCUACGGGAAGAGGAGUUUUCCCCGCUGAAGAAUGCUGACCCGGCUGACAGGGACAGCCCCUGCACCGCCCGGCGGGCCCUGCUCGCCCAGCACUACCGGUGGGCUCUGCAGGCGGGGGCCCGCUUCCUGGACGCACACGGGGCGCGGCUCCCCGAGCUGCCCAGCCCGCCCCUGCAGGGAGACCCUCCGGCCGUCUGUGAGAUAUCGCCCUUACUGACUUACUCUGGAGAGCUGAACCAGUACGCGGGGCGAGGCGGGGAUGUCACAGCCUGGUCCCCCCACAGAAGGGGCUCAACUGUCCACGAUAGAAGUGGCUCUGGGAGAAACUCGGCUGGGACACUGAAACGGAAGCCAGCACCCCAUGCCUCCUGUUUCUUCCCCAAGCCUCAGCCUCUCAGCCACACCCACGUGGGCUUCAGGCCGUAGAGUUAUACCUGCUUCUCCCAAGACCAGUGGGACCUGUACCGGUGGUCUCCUAUGAUGGCUGCUGCUUAAUCUGGGACUUAACUGAGUCAGGAGCACCACCCCUCACCCUGCCUGCCUAAGUGUCUUACAGAUCUUGGUGCUCGGGCUCCUCCCAAGUUCCUGGGAUGGGGAGGCAGCCUCCGUAUUUGGUGCCCUGGCCCCUUUCUCGCAGCCCUGCACUGCAGACGAGGCUGGGGGAAACCAGCUGGCCUGGGUCCCUUCCCCUGGUGCUGCUGCUCCAGGGUACAGUGCCUUUGUUGAUUUGCACCUGCGUUCUCAUCCGGGAAAGGACAGCAGCACCUGCCUCUCCCCAAGCAUGUGAAGAGAGCCUGCUGCUGAAUUCUCACCUGCCCCGACCCCUGCAGCCCACAGCCACAAAUGGGGACCCUACACUCAUCCCUGUUGUUUCCCCUGGAGGAGGGAUGUUAUCUGGCAGGAUGGAUUCAGGUGCAACUGAUUUGUCCAGUGGCAUAGAGUGGACAAGGGCUGUGUCUCACUUCAUCCUCACAGCAGGGACAGGUCCACGCCUUGCCAUUCUUAGAACCAAAAUUCACAAGACUUCUGCCUCCAGCCAGGCACUGCCAGUCACCUUGUUGCAAACCUCAGAAGCAAACCACUUACCUUAGGACUCUUUUGUGAGCUGCUACCCAGACAAGCAGACGUCCUGGGGCAGAAGCGGGUCAGCCGUGUGUGAGACAGGGCACAGCUGCCCUUCAUGGCCAGGGCUGGAAGACUUAUGCAGCCUCCUUUCUACAAAAGUACAGUUAGUAGGGAAAUUUUUGAAACAACUUAUUUUAAAAAAACAUUUUCAAAUAAUUAUGCCAUCAUAUAGGAUUGCAAAAAAUUUCACAGAGGUCCCAACUACGCUUCAUCUGCUUUCCCCAGCAGAUGUACCUUCAUUGCAUGAUUAUAGGGCGAUAUGAACCCCAGGAAUGUGACACUGGCACAGUGCUCAAAGUCAUCACACGUGUAGAUUAGCCCACCCACCACUACAACCCAGAUGCACAACCAUUCGGUCACCACAAAGACCUCCCUCAUGAUACCUAAGUCCACGCCCCAGCCCACCAUCCCUAACCCCAGGCUACCACUAAUGAGACAACUGAGUUUGGAAAGAUGGCUGAUAUCUUGAUGUCCUAUGAAGGGGACAUUUCCAAUAAACAAGGUGCUUCCGGGAAA